AUGGGCCAGGACACCCAGUGCACCUACCUCCAGCUGUGCCUCGCUGCCCUUGCACUCGCCAGAGAAGGGGAAGGGACAGAGGAGCUUCCGGGCAACCUGAGCUGCCUGAACAACUACGAGACCCGGGCGGACUGCACGUGGGUGACGGACGGGCCCGUGGGGGACGGGCCCUUCUACCUGAAUUUCACCGACCUGAUCCCCGCGGAGACCAGCAGCUGCGUGCUGACUGCCAGCGGGGCCUCGCCGCGGCGGCAUCACUGCUCCAUCCACGUGUCGAAUCGCUUCGGCGAGUUGGACUGCUACCGCGUGUCUCUGCACGGCGGCUUCUCUGAGGGCAAUCGCGCGUACGUCGCCUUCCAGGAGUACGAGCCCCGGCUGCACAUUAAGUGCGAUCCCCCCUCCAGCCUGCAGAGCAACUUCAGUGCCGACAAGUGCCAGCUCUGGUGGAGCGUGCCUGCCUUCCUGGAGCAGAUCCUGCAGUACGAGCUGGCGUUCAAGGAGCAGAACGAGUCCUGGGAGCAAGCCCAGCACAAAAACCUGUUCAACUCGGCAACCAGCGUCGACAUUGAGGCCACAGAGUUUCAAGCUGGCAUCACUUAUGUUGCAAGAGUUCGCUGCAAAACUUCCCAAGGCGAGACAUCUUAUGAGAGUCAGUGGAGCGAGUGGAGCCAGACGACAGCAUUUCAGAGAGCUGCUCUCCCAGCUUUGGUGCAGCUGCCUGAAGAGCCGUUUAGCACCAGCACGUUGCAGUUUCUGUUCAUUCCCGUAUGUCUCGGCGUUAUACUCUACCUAUUGUUUAGCUGCAAGUUCCCCUCCAGGGCAAAGAGCAUCACCUGCCUGAGCAUUCCCACCCCUGCCGCUUUCUUCCAGCCCCUCUACACCCUGCACAACGGGAACUUCAAGGACUGGGUUGGCCCCAAGGAGGCAUGUGGCCAGGUCAGAAGACAUGAAGCCAGUGACCUCAGCAAAGUGUCUGUGGAGCCCGUGGCUGAUCCGAGCGCUCAUGAAGUGAUCUCCCAGAUCUCCUUAAAGUCGGUGGCAAAGACCAGCGUGGCUCUGCAGGAGGAUGACUGCGCCCCUGCCUCAAGCCCAGCGCAGCCGUACGUGGGUGCAAAAGAGGUAGCGGUGGGGCUGGCAGCGUUGUUUCCACACGACCACUCUGAAGCAGGGGCCCUGGCCCCGUUGGAGGGAAGCGCGAUGGAAGAUGGCAGCCCUGACAUGGAAGGGAGCCCUUUGCUCUACUUGCAGCAGGGCGAGGCUGACCUGUACAUGCUGCAGAAGUCUCUGGAGCUGGAAAGCUUGUCCUUCUGCAGCAACGACUACUGUACCUUGUGCGACGGUGAUGCUGCGGGGGGCUCGAUCCCUGCUGAAUGGCUGCAGCUCCUGGAAGGGGGGAGUCUGCGCAAGCACCCACCCAGCGGGGAAGACGCUGCCCUGCUGGGUCACCAGGUCUGAGGCACCCACCACCUGGCUCACCUCAAUGCCUGCUAGCGUCCAGCCAGGUGCUGAGGAGCUCUGUGCCCAGCCCCUGCACAGACGCGGAGGAGGGCUCAUGGCACCGCCUUGCUUUCCACCCACUCUGUGCAGGGGCUGAGCACAAUCCCAGUUCUGUCGCGCGGUGGGCCAGGCACACACUCACCAAGGGCAUCUCUCGCACUUGCUCGUGGUGUCCAGCUGGGCCACGCCAUGCUGCUGUGCGCACGCUGCCUCCUGAGCCAGAAGCGUUGUAGCCACGUGCAGCCGAAGCCAAGCAGGUCAGCUCAGCACGGCGCGAAGGCAGCUAGGUGACGUUCUGCGCAGGAGGCAGGGCACGUGGAGCAGUGGCAUGGCCUGGUGCAUGCCUCACGCCCCCUCUGCCAGCCCGGGAGGCCUCUGCACCCACCAGCAGGUGAAGCAGCGGGGAGGUCUGUGGGACACCGUGCAUCCCACAAUGCUCCUGCCCUGCGCCCAGCACGGGAGCAUCCUGCCUGCAGCCCCUUGCAACCCAGCCCUGUGUCUCCUGUGGGGUCAAGAGCAGGGCAAGGUCGGUCAGGCCACUAAGCCCUGCACGCCGCUCAGUUCAGAGCCUCGCUCCAAGCCAGUUACGGUGCUUCAUAAAGACAGCGCCCUUGUAACACACCUACUAACACGGUGCUGAGCUCCUGCUCCCUAGCGGGAUGCUGACCAUGCUACACACCACCUGGCUUCCCAGGAAUGCCUGGUUCCAGUACUUGAACAGCUUUCAAUGCUGCGUUUCGCUGUUUUGAGCCUGGAUAGCAGUAACUUUCCAGCUCAGAUUAGCUAAACCCAGAGUGUUGCUUCUAACUUUAGGGCAGCUUGUUUCAGGGCACUAGGACCUGAUCGCCAGCUGCAGAUGGUAAAAUCACAGCCCAGACAAUGGCACGGCUUGGGGCUUUCUCGGUCACUAAAGGGUGACAACAAAUCAGAGCCGCCCAAGCCAAUCUCGCUGCCCUUCGUGAAGGAGCCCGGCUCCCUUCACCCUCAGGCCUCCCGCUGGGCAGGAGCAGGAGCAGGAGCCUGCUCAAACCUGGGCUCCUGCUCCCCUUCCAGAGGUGACUGCCUGAAGGGCAUGCACCCAGGGGCCGAUAUGUGCCUGCAACCACAGCUCCUAGAAGGGGAGCGGUAGCAGACGUGCUGGGACAGUUGUGCACACAGGCCAGCCACCGUCGCCCACUUCCUUCCCCUCUCUGCAAAGCGUGUGGCUUUGCGUGGGGCUGCCCGGCUGGCCUGUGUUCAGACACUCAGUGUUUGCUAACAGCACUGAAAACACAAAGCUUUUGCAGCUAUCCCAGCCAGCUCUUUGCUGCUACCAACCCGGGGCCUAGGGAGAGGCCUUCGCCUGGUGGGGACAGCAGCAGGAGCAUUCAGACUGCAUGGCCCACCUGGUCCUCGGCCUCUCUUCUGAAACCGCUGCAGGAGGAGCCACUUGAGCCUUGUUUUAGAGCUCCUGUCUCUGAUGAGAAACGAGCAUGCCCUGCGGGCCCUUGGCUGGUGGUCAGACUGUUCUCCUCUCACUGGUAAAAGAGCAGAAGGGGAUGCCUUUUAUAGCUCGCAGCUGCUCUCCCCUACCCUGGGGGUCUUCAAGAGGAGGUUAGAUGAGCAUCUGGCUGGGGUCAUCUAGACCCAGCACUCUUUCCUGCCCGUGCAGGGGUCGGACUCGAUGAUCUAUUGAGGUCCCUUGCGACCCGAACAUCUAUGAAUCUACGAAUCUAUGAACCACGUAGGGACAGGGGGGAUUUGCAGUCCUUAUCCUCUGCUCCCGUGGCUCCUUCUGGGGCUUGUAACAGACAGAGGGAGACCUAUAGAGCAAGGGUGCUGGCGUGACCGAUUCUUCAUGUUUCGCCGUGUCGGUCCCAUAAUCCAGCUUGACGCAUUGUCCCACAAUUCAGGUAUCAAGGGAAGAGUCAGCGAGACCUUGCCAGAGGCUCUCGGCCGGAUCAGCUGAGCAGCUCUCAGUUAGAGCUGCGUAAGGACCUUUUGCAGCGAUGUAAUGCAACCAGCUUAGCGCGCUUCAGCGAGGAAUCACCCCGAGGCGUUCUGCAGCUGAAUCGCCCUCCGCAGGGCGCCUGCGCCCACCCGGCUCAACCCCUGUCUGAAGGAGCUUGGUGAAAGGAGCACAGCUGUAGAUCCCGGGAGGGCCCUGCCUCAGGGUGGGACGUCUGCAGGGCCUGGGGCUUCAGGAGAAGGCAGCUUGCUGAGGCAGGGCAGUCUGGGGAUGGAGCAGGCAACAGGCCUUCCACGCUGGUAUCGUGGGGGGCAACGUGGGACGGCGGGGGACAGCCGCAAGCCUUGAGGCAAGAGGCAGCGAGCAGGGAGCAGCAAAGCUGUGAAGGGGAGAGCAAGCCUAGUCCUAGCGAGAUGGAAGUGGGACUGGGAAAUGGCAGCGAUGAGGAAGAGAGGCCAGCCGCGUGCGCCAGGCAGGCAAGGCACAGAGGUCGUGGGAGCUGAGCCUGGAGCCGGUGUGAGCUGCAGGCACCGAGGGCUGCCGUGCCACGGGCGCUGCCCGGCACUGCGGCCCUCCGCGGGCACUCUCGCAGCACCAAGGCCACAGACGAGCCCUGGGACAGACCUAAAAUGUAGAGCUGGUCACAAAGUGAGGGAGGGGGGUGUGACUUCACCUUUUUUGCUUGGGGAAAAAGACACCAACAUUUUCUAUCUGGUCUUUGGCAAAGAAAUCGUGGGCGUUCUGGGUCUUCCAAUGAAAAAUUAAGAAUUUUUAAAGGAAGCUCACACACCUGCUGCAAAAUUGGUCAUUGAAUUAAAAAAGAAAAAAAAAGCCCCAAACAAAACUUUCUGUCAAAAACCUGUGGAUGGAAAAAUGUUAAAAUCCACAGCCAGUCAUACUGAAUGGGCCGAUACGGUUGGACUGUACUUGAAUCCUGCUCCUCUGUUGAGAUACUCUGGACUGCUGCAGGUUAUUCUAUUACGGAGUGGCGACGUGCGAAUAAAGAGCUAUUAGAAACCUCUGCAGGAGGACUGUGACCAGCGUAGUUGUUUUCCGUGGAGUGAGAAGUACCACGAAGCCCAGAGUCACCUCCAAAGGGGCUCGGCUACUUGUGGUGGGCUGCCGCCCCUGCUUGUCUUUGUUUGCUGCUGCACAGAAUGGGAGCAGAGCUCAGGCCGCGGUGUUGUGCCGAUUGGAUUCGUGUCCCUAGUCCUACAUUUGCCUUUGCCUGUGUAAUGCAGCACCUGCCAGGGGGUGGGGGGAGUGGGGCCCUCCAUCUCAUCCAGCUUCCCCAACCUCAGGAGAAGUUCAAACUGCCUACCAAGGCUGACUCCGGCCUCAGGCUGAAUUAACCACCACUACACACCAUCCUCUGGACCAGAACAGAGCAAGUAAUUUCUUUACCUUCUCUGGCACGUGCAUGUGCUCGCUCUUUGUGUUUUAUGGGGAGAAUGACUUGAAAAAAUGCAUAGUUUGUAAGCAGCGGAGGACGUUGUGCUAUCACACUGGGAACAUUAGCCACAAAGAAACAAAGCUUUUUUCUGUAACCCGCAUUUUUUUCCUUGCAUGCUUAAGUAAAUAAAGUAGAGCUAACA